AGUGUACUUAAGUGGUUCGAAAUAGCUUUCGGCAACCGACCCAUUUAUCAAUGAAAAAAUCGCAUUUUUUUUAACGUAAACAAUCGUAUGUGAAGUGGUCCUGGUCCAAACGAAAAAGGAAUUUAUAUGGAAAUUCAUUGAAAUUCCCAUCUGAUGCCGAUAAAAUAACUCAUAUUCGUUUUGUUUCGUAUUCGCCGGCUCCAUUGAACUGUUGACAUGCAUUGAUAACAUCAGAGUAUGCAUGACAUUUGGUCGCCAUGUGCUAACAUGCUUUCGACAGGCAGAAACAUAAGCUCUAGACACAUUGAACUGUCAACAGUUCAGUAAAGAAUAUAGAGAGUAAAGAAAAUCGUCAAAAAAAAAAUAAUAGUUUUUAGUUAAGGUCGUUAGUUAAAUCGGAUCGAUUUCGAUAGAAAUCAACAUGAGCGAGGAGCAUAGUAUUGAAAAUGAAGACUAUGAUCGAGAGGAUCUAGAGCAUGUGGAAAACCUGCUCUACGCAAAUAUUCAUUACAACACGGGAUGCGAUGAAUCGCCAAAUCAAUCCAAAGCUGAUGACAACAAUGCGUCAGGCAGUAAUUCCGGUUACAAUACACCGACAGAAGCCGAUCGAAGUGGGCCACGACGAAAUGCCAAACGAUACUGGAGCACAAAUACCAACACUCACCACAGUGGUCCAUCGAAAUUUGUGGCAUUUUUCAAGGAAAAACAGUCCGGUGUCUACAGGCCAGGCAAAGUGACGGCCACAGAUCUGAACAAAAGUGCACCUGAUAAUGCGAAAAGUGAUGAAAGUCGUGAAACAAACACUGCCACCGUCGCUGCCGCACCGAAGCAGUUCACACCGUACGUAUCAUUUUUACCAUUUAAAGAUUCUACCUCGAAUGCAAUUGAAGAACCAACUGCCACCACAAGCCACAAAGAUUAUUCCAAUUCGAAUGUGCAGAAAACCAACAACGAAAUGGUUCGCAAGAGUUUGGCCACCAAACACAUCAAUCCAUUUAGUAAGAAACACACAAUCGACCAAUACAAACAGCUACUGAAAGAAGAUGAAGCGAUCGAAGCGGAAAUGGGCAAACAACUCGAAAAUACCAAACGAUUGAAUCCGUUCAACCCAUUGUCGAGAAAAGCCAAAAAGAGAAAGUCAGAGGCAAAUCAAAAUAAAAAUAUGAAAAAUAAUCGUGUAGAAUUGAAACCAGAACCGGUUAACACGGGUAUUAUCGAUGUGGAUGGAGAGGAUAAAGACGAUGACGAUGUGAUUAUUCUUCCAACGCAAGAACCACCGUUGAUUAACCUUGACAGUUCCGAUGAAGAAGAAACGGCACCAACCAAUGCUCAAGAGCAUGAAUUCACCGAACCAACGGCGGUUAGUGAUAAUCGUCGUAAAACCGCACGCUGUGCCAGCCCAUCCAGUUCAAUUCAAUCGGCCGACGAUUUUAUUGGACAAAAUGAUCAACGAAAUUUCGGUUUCGAAACAUUUGGAACACUUUCCGAUGAAGAAAUGUGUCAAGUCAGCGAAACGGUCGAAACUCAAUUACGUAAUAAAACUGCUAAAGUUGGUUCAAGUAAACGUGCUGCCAUUCCCAGUGACAAUGAUAAUGCCAUUUUUACACCGCCCAAACAAAUGCAGAAAGACAAAACGAAAGCAACCGUCAAGAAAUCGUAUGAAGUUGGUGCCAAUAGUUUCACUGCCGUUGAUGUAUACGAAUCGGAAAGUUCGGAUAUGCCUGAUUCCGUCUACGCAAAAGGUGCGUCGGGUAAAAGAAAGCAAAUGUCUGAUUCAGACAGCAGUGGCGUUGAAGAUGUAUCGAUCGCAAAAUCAAAACGGUUGCGAAAACGUAAAAGUUCGGGCAGUGCAAGGGAAUCGGAUCACAAGCAUUCGGAUGAUUCGAGCUCGGAUUUACCGGAAGAUGAUGAUGAUGAUACCGACGACGACAACGAUGCGUCCAAUGAAAAUUCGUAUUUGGUUCGUGGCGAAGCAUUGGGAAAGGUUAAAAAUUCCAACAAGAAAAAAUUGGCGAAAGCAAAUAAGGCUGCAGCUGAAAAGCGUUCCGAAGAUGAUUUCAUUAAUAAAUUAUCGUACAUUGUGCAUGGUCAGAACGAAAGUGAAAAUGAUGAACCGGAAAGUCCACACGAAACGUCGACCGAAUCAGUUGAAGCGCGCGAUAUUGUCGAAACGGUGUUGCAACGUCGAAAUAAAAAAUCGAAGAAGAAUCAAAAUGUCGAAGCCGAACCAAAUCCAUCGGAUACUGAGAAAACAAAUGCAUGGGAGGUCACCGAUCAAGUUGGUGAAACCGAUGAGCUGAAUUUGGGUCGAAUAUUUGAUGAAAAUGCCCUGGAAUCAUUGAAUGAUGACGGUAAAUCUCUGAUUGAAGAUACGAAAUCGGAAAAUACUGCAAUUCAGGAAAAACAGCCUGAAACGAAUAAGGAACAACCACAACCAACAGAAGAACCAUCGAAAUCAGUGGAGGAGCCAAAACAAAGCACAGCAGAUGAAACAGAAAUGAAAACGGUUCCGAAUGAAGCGGACGACGACGAUGGCUUGUUUGGCAGCGAAAUUGGGUGGAAUGACGAAAUGAGGCGAUUUUACAACGAAUCUUGGGGUGGUGAGACAUUUAGUGUUCGAAAUAUUCGCGCUCGUAUGCCAAAAGGCUUCCUCAACUGGAUGAUAACAAAUAAGGACAAAUUCCCUGCGAUUAACACAACCAGGGGUCGUCAAUUCCGCUGCCUUAAUUGCCAAGAAAAGGGCCAUUUGGCCAAAAAUUGCCCACGGCCACCAUCCAAGAAGCGCUGUUACAUGUGCGGCGUUGAAGGUCAUUUGGAGCCCAAAUGUCCCCAUAAGAUUUGUCUCCUAUGUGGUCGAAAAUCACAAAGGUACUCUCACGGAUGUGGUGAAUGUAAUCGUGAUCGAGAAAUAGUUUGCCAUCUAUGUAGGCAAAAGGGUCAUAAAGCAUUCCUUUGCCCAGACAAAUGGCGGCGAUAUCAUUCAACGACAUCACUCAACGAGAAACCGGCUCGAAAAGAGAAGUCACCAAAUGGUCCGCCUAAAGUAAAGUAUUGUUGCCUAUGCGCUGGCCGGGGCCACUAUGCCGAAAAUUGUAGCCGUGCAAAUCGAACGCCAGGCCCAUUAAGUCUGAACAUAACAAGCUAUCGAUGGUUACUAAAAUCACCAUUCAAUAUUGACAACAAAGGACCGAGAUACACCAUAUUGGCAUCCGAUUUGAACGACUACAAUUUCAACUUUGGCAAUAGUGUGUCGAGCGUGGGAAAUACAAUUUACGGUCGCUUCCGACGUGCAGUCAAUUUGAAUGCAAAUCAAAGUACAACGUCCGAGAAUGAUGUAGUGUUUGUGAAUGAAACCAAUUUGCAUGACACAUCCGAUCCACCAAUCGAAGUGUACGAUGAUUACGAUUUUGAAAUGGACGAUCUUGAUGAUGUGAGCAGCUCCGAGCAAUACUCCGAAAAUACACAUGACUCAAGUUUUAUGACGAUUGAUAAUUUGAAUACAGAAGAACACGAUACGAAGGAGCCAAGAGCCGAUCCAGUGGAAACGGGCAUUUUUGCAGCAGAUAAAGAAGCUGCAAUUAAGCGGCUCGAUGACAAAAUACACACGCUGGAAGAAUUGAAAGAAAAAAUGCUAUCGCAAAAAUCAGAUGAUGACCUCAAUGAAACGGGUCAAAGUACCGAUCACGACACAACCAUCGAAAGUGAUGUAAAUGUGUCGGGGCAAAAAGAUGAUGUAACAACGUCAAGUGCUUUACCCGAUUUUAUACCGUUGAGUCCAGACGAACCUGAAAAAUACGAACCAGCUCGAUCACCAUCACCCGUUUCCGCCGAUUCGACAACGAACGCUAAUGAAAAGAGCGAUGCUACGAUCCAUCUCACCAAAGAUCAUUGCAAAAAAUUGCUUUCCGAGAAAGGUAAUCAAUUUCUGCGUGACAGUGAGCUACAGUACAAUGUGUCGGUGCGUUUGGAAUGGCGACAAUAUGGAAAUGUAUUAAUUGUGAAUGGCAUUGCGAGUAAUCAGCAAGAUUUUCACAAUAUCUUGAGAGAAUUCUUCGAAUCAAAUGAAAAUCCACAAAAACAACAAUUGGGUGGAAAUUUGCCGAAGAACCGCGAUGCACUGAUCCGGUAUGUGCGCUCCCAAGUUGCUGUUUUGGACUCGCCAAUGUGCAAUGUUAAACAUAUGGCCGAUGUUCAAGGUUUGUUCAAUCGAAUUCGCCAAAAUGAGCAGAAUCCAUCGAAGUCAAAUGUUAAGCAAAAUCUACGUUUGCGCAAGCACCUGAAUAUGGUACUGUUUGGUCGUUACGGUUUUGCUGAAGGAAAAUCCCAUUUGGAUGAAUUGCAAAAAUGUUUGCGUGGAGUCAUUAGCGGAAGCAGUCAAAAUGUACCAGUUGAUGUACGUCAAAAGAUGGGCGAACACAUGGCAUACGUUUUCUCUGGAGACGACCACAAAAACUACGAAAAUAUAAUUGAACAUUACAACCAAAUGAGAAAAGACCGAACAUUGCCACCAUUGAUUUUGGACCGAAAAUUGUUUGGUCUUAAAAUAAACGUUUACCCAAGUGAUGCAGACACUGAUAACAACACUUCGAAACGAAAGAAGCCACUCAAUUAUGUCAAAUAUAAUGAUCUUCCAACUCCAUCAAACAGUCGACUAACUUCAACCAUGCGAAGUGCCAAAGUUCAAAACAGCCAAUUGAAUACGCCACCUUCACUGCUCGACAUACAGAUUAAUGUCUCCACACCAUCCACAUCCAACGCAUAUCAAAACGAAUCCAUGCAACGUCGACACAGCUUCUCAUCAAACCGAAAUCAUGUUAUGGACAAAUGGAAGUAUUAGUUGUCUAAGAUUUUGUUAGCCUUCUAUACAUGAAACAAACAAAAAAAACAAUCGAAAUGUUUUAAUACUAAAAAUAGUAAAAUUAAAAGUAAUUUCUAAAAAAAAAAUAAUUUGAUUUGAAAGCAACUUUCUACGAUAUUACCGAAUGUUAUAACCAAUUUUCAAUGUCUUUAACAUUCAACCUCAAAACGAAAAUAAAGACAUUCUCUUUUAAAUUUUUGAAUGUA